AUGUCCUGCGAAGCCUGCCGCACCAACCCCCCUGUAAUCCCCCAGGGCUACACACCAAAGGGAACUUACCAAACCCUCGCCAGCCUUAACACCUACAUAACCGGCCCUCGCGACGCCACAACCGCUAUAAUCGACAUCUACGACAUCUUCGGCCUCUCCCCACAAACCAUCCAAGGCGCCGACAUCCUCUCAACCCGACUAAACGCACUGGUCCUACUCCCGGAUUUCUUCCACGGCGAUGGUGCGAAACAUGAAUGGCUGCCUGCCGAUACGGAGGAGAAGAUGAGCGCGUUGAUGGGUUUUGUGGAGAGUAAGGCGGAUAUCAAGACGAAUGUUGGUGUGCUUGGUGAGGCGGUUAAGGUGUAUCGGGAGACUUUUUUGGGUGUGAAGACGUGGGGUGCUUUAGGGUUGUGCUGGGGCGGGAAGGUUGCUGUUUUGGCUUCGGGGGAAGGGACGCCAUUUGCUGCUACUGCGCAGGUUCAUCCUGGCCGUCUCGAUAUCUCGGACGCAGAGAAGCUCACCGUCCCGCACCUCAUCCUCGCAUCUAAAGACGAACCCGCAGAUGCGGUCAACGGUUACGCGGAUAUCAUCAGCAAGAAUGGACACGGAGGUCUCGUAGAAACGUACGAGGCUAUGUGGCAUGGCUGGAUGGGUGCUCGUGCGGAUUUGGAUAAGGAAGAGAGUUUGAAGGAGUAUGUUCGGGGAUAUGCUCAGGCGGCGGAGUUCUUUGAAAAGUAUUUGAAGUAA